AUGGAGACGGACAUCCUGAAAUACAUCCUGAACACCGGAGGAGCAGUGGUCACCCAGGACCUGCUGUUCAACCUGUGCGACGCCUCCACCCUGCUGCAGCUGCUGGGGAGAGAUGACAAGCUGGUGUCGUGUUCUGUCAGCGGCACUCCGAAGGUGGUGGCCCGGACCCAGGUGAAGCUGUGCCGGGUCAGAGAGUGCCUGGGCUGCGCGGAUCUGCACCUGUGUAAAAGCUUCCUCAUGUCCGGAGUGUGCCAGUUCAGCCAGCUCAGCAGGAGGAGAGGAUGUCUGUUUUCACAUGACUUGAAUUCGACCCACAACAUGAGGGUUCUGAAGGCGUAUGGACUGGAGACUCUGACAAGGACCGAGCUUUGUCUCCUCCUGUUGCAAAGUGAUGUCACACUGCUGCCACAGAUUUGUUAUGAGUACAACAACAAUUUGAGCGGCCAGUGCAGUGCGAGUUGCCAUCGUCUCCACAUUUGCGAGAAGGCUUUGAGUGGAGACUGCAGCUGCUUCAGGGCACACGACUUCCUCGACCCCCAGCCCCUCAAGCUGCUCCAGGACAGACUUAUCCCACAGCACCUGUUCCCCUCCUUAAAGUCCCUGUACAUCAACAAGGAGGCGCUGAGGCUGGUAAAUAAACAGGCUGGCCGUAGUCUGUCAAGAAGAGCGGUGUCUUGCGGCGAUCUCCUGGGAGCUGUGGAGUCCAACGAGGAUGGAGAUGCUGAUAAAAGUGAGAUCUGCAUGUUCUUCAUCAAAGGACACUGCAAACAUGAAGAUCGCUGUUUCAAAGCUCAUGACAAGAUGCCGUACCGCUGGGAGAUCAAGCAGGACGGGCAGUGGACUCACAUGGCUGAUAACGAGAGCAUUGAGAGAGACUACUGUGACCCUCUGAAAACAUACAGCUCGACCAGUCCUCCUGUGCACUUCGACACCAUGAGAUGUAAUUCCAAUGAAGUGAGGCGUCUCUCCACUGUGAACUCUGUGCUGCAGCCGGACUUCAUCCACACCACAGACUGGCUCUGGUACUGGGAGGACGAGUAUGGCAAGUGGUACCAGUAUGCUGCUUUGACGAGUGAGCACCGAAUGGCCAGUAUCAGCAGCACACAACUGGAGCAAAUAUAUGUGCAGAAGGAUCAGGAGGCAGUGGAGUUUACUGCGGGAUCGCAUACGUAUUCUAUCAGUUUCCAAGACAUGAUUCAGACCAACCUAAAGUUUAAGACUAAGAGACUGGUGAGGAGGCGGCCGCGCUUUGUAUCUGCAGUGGAAGUCCAGACCACCAGAAAACGUCCAACCUCUAUUCCUGAUUACUGGGACAAAACACAGCUCCCUCAAACCGGAUUCAAGAGGGUGAGUCUGCAGCCCUCUACAGAGGAAUAUAAAGAGAUUCAGGAGCUUUUCUCUCAGACCAUGACAAGUUGUGAUAUCCUCCACCUGGAGAGGAUCCAGAACAAGGCCCUGUGGGAAGCCUAUCAGCUCAAAAAGAUACACAUGAAAAACAACAGUAGAAAACCAGUGUUGGAGAAGAAGCUUUUCCACGGGACUGACCCCAAGUAUGUGGAUACCAUCUGCGCCACAAACUUUGACUGGAGAGUGUGCGGAGUCAAUGGAACUGCUUAUGGCCAAGGAAGCUACUUUGCCCGGGACGCCUCCUACUCCCAUCGCUACACUGGCACCUCCCAUGAGCGCCACAUGUUUGUGUCACGGGUAUUGGUCGGCGAAUUCACCAAAGGCUCCACCGACUUCCGGCGGCCCCCUUCCAAAGAUGCUGGAGAUGUAAACCUGUUCGACAGCUGGCCAGCACCGACCAAUCGGCGAGAGUGGGGCGACUGCGGCGACGGCCUCUGGCUGCGCACCCUCACGUUCCGUGCGUUCCCGGCAUGCAUUGUGGCGAGGCAGGCGGAGAGAGGAGUGAUACAGGAGGAGGAGGAGGAGAGAGAAGAGAGGACCACUGACUACAGGCGCAGGAGCGUGGAGCUGGGCUUUCCCCUGAUCCACAGCUGUGCCCCUACUGCAGCUCUCAUGGAUGGACGGAUGGAGGAGAGGAGAGGUGAGGAGAAAAGGGGGCUACUAUCUGCUUCAUGGUUUCAUCACUGCUCCGCUACAGCCCGUCAGUGA